GCUUGAACUUGAUAGAAGUUUAUAUUUGUGCUGGUAGACAAUAUCUUUGUUUGUUUAUUUUACUGAUUAUAACAUUGUUAAGAUGAGCUUGAAGAGUAGCAGACCUACAUCCGCUCGUGGGCGCGCGAGAUUCGGCAGGCCAAAUGACGUCACCGUACCAAAAAACAUCGGGGAAGCACCGGAGGAGAGAAUGAAAAUCGUCAAAUUUUUUUCAACGGAGAUUCCUGAAGAAUCGGAAGACGAAGGGAGAUCCCCUUCACCGGGAAUGAAGAAGGCAACACGAAAGCCCAAAACACGAAAAUCAAGAAAAAUAGCGCCGCCCCUCCCCCCACGCCAACCAACCACGCCCACCAUCACUAAACAUCGACCAAUUGUCUCGGUCAAAGUUCAACCUGAUUAUUUCACCCCGAGAUCGCGGACACCGAAGCAGGACCGAUUGCCGAAGAAAAGAAUUGUUGCUAAGAAUGAGGAUUGUGACGUAACAGCAGAUGACGUAGGGGACCGUUACAAAGAAUACGACCUUGACUCUUGGGUUCCACCUAGCGACCCACCAAUUUUACCGAUGAGUUUGAUAUCCGAACAACAUCAAGAUAACAUUAAUAUACCGUGGUACCCACCAGAGGAACGGUUUAGGUUUGGGGAGAUUUAUGAGGCUAAUAUCAUGCAUUUGAUCCACAAAUACCUUGAAGUCGACACUUAUCAUCGCGUGGUUUAUGUUGGACCGGAAAAGGGUUCUCUAGCGCCGUUAGUGGAAGAUCAUUUCUGUCUCACCAAACCUAUUUUAUCCGUUUUCCCUGGUAAAGUCGAUUACCGCGACAUUGAGGAAAACCAUCGUCUACUCGCGUUUAAAAUAUCGCACGUGGGCGCUGAAGAGUUCUUCGCACAGGCCACCAAAGACCACGCCUACGACCACGCCCCCUUUGACCGCGUCAUAAUACAUGACUCAGCACAACACUUCACUGACCCCCAGUUGACCUUUACCCACGUCAUGAAAGUUCUUCAUAAAUACGGGAAGAUUCUAAUCAUCCAUCGUCCAGGUAGUUUAAAUACAUUGCCUUACUUUCAACAAGCGAAGGAGAGAAUAUGCGACGGGGAAGUCCCUUAUAUGAGAUUCAUAUCUGCGCUGCAAAAAAUCGGUGCUGACGUAGAAUGGGACAUUGUUCACGUGCCAAUCGUAAUGGACACGGCGAAAUGGUUGUCAAUGUUAAAAGACAAACACCCGCCGCAAAUGGAGAUAAUGAGUCAUUAUGAGAUCACAUGCGGGAUUCGGGAGUUGUCGGAAGGCCCGUUUAAGUAUUUGCAAGGCAACAAAAUGGAGUUAGAAGAUCGACUGAUGUUCAUUACGGCUUCUCAUCCUACAAUGGAUUGUUCAUAUCCAGCUGUGCAAAGGGUGGGAGGGGCGAGUAAGGUUCCGUACUCUGGGCUUGGCGAUGUGAAAUACUGUCUUCCGCUUACAGAAGAAAUCCAACAAUUCCUUCCCAAGUCUAAAACUUCCCAAUAUAAAAUGAAGAGCAUAUUUUAGUAGUUUGAAAUUUUGUUGGUGUGAAUGUUGCGAGGUGGUAUAGUAGGGUGGGGAAAGGCGGGACACGUUCGGCACAUAACAUCCAAAUAUCUUGAUCGUGUUUUAAACAAUUAACAACGGUCUAUGGGAGUCGUGAGGAUGCGUUUUAUAAUUCUUUGUAUGUUCUUUGUUAACUACCAAAUGAGACCAGAAAAUAGAAUAAAAAGGUGUCCCAUCUCCCCCCAUCCUACUAUACGUUUACACCAAAGUAAAAAGUUAAAUAGGUGAUGAAAUUUGUUCUCAAACAUUGGUCAGUAGACGCCAUCUUUGCUCCCAAAUUUGCUGACGGUAACUGCGUUUACAUUAAUGUUUUGAAUGCUUAUAUGUUCUUUGUUUGAAAUUACUUCAUAUACAUUGGCGCUUUUGAUAAGCAGACAUAUAUUUUAAUAUACCAGCCACCUCGUUUAUGACUAA